UCUGUCAUUCGCUUAGCCCCUUCAUCUACAGUAGCUGCAAUGCUCGACUAUUGAAUUAAUGACUCUCUAGGUACAUAUGAUGGGCUGCUUCACUAUGUUCAGCCUUUAAAUUAGCCGGAGUAAAUCUUACAAAAGCUGAUAUUUUGAUUAUUGUGGUUAAGUAACGUAGGCUAAACGUCAGCAAAUCAAGCUAUCACACGAGGUGUGUAGUGUUGAUGAGUGUGCAGCUAGCCAGCCUGGGAGGUUGUUUAUCACUAAUCCAGGCGGGUUUAGUUUCAGGAAAACCCUGUUCAGCUGAUAAUAGCCUGUCAUUGAUACCAUAAUGCUGCCGCGAUCCUGAGGUGUUGACUGAGACGGAAAAAGAGUGAUGUACUCUCCUAUGCGUAAAGACUACGUCGCGCUGACCUUGCGUGACCAGUACAGCCAUAACUACACCAACGGGAAACAAUGGAGGAGGCAGUCCUGCUGGAGGAAAUGGAAGCAACUCUCCCGUAUGCAGCGCAGUCUGAUCCUCUUCCUGCUGGCGUUGUUGCUGGCCUGUGGCAUCAUCUCGUAUCCCAGCCUGAGUCAGCACUGGAGAGGGCUGUCUGACCGCUCGGCAGAGGACGACUGGGAUGCCGAGGACAUCAAAGGGGUCCGGCCCAUCCCGCCCGGGGCCAUGCCAAAAGUCAACCCUGACCAUGUCCCAGAGGCGGCGCCCCAGGAGAUCAUCCCGGAGCUGCAGAGGCCGAACGUCCCCAUCCUUCCUAAACCACCAGAAAUGAAGAAACCACCUCCAAACAAACGAGGCCCACCUGUACUCCAGAAGCGAGGGAAUACAUCGGACACCCAGGUGAAGGAGAAACCAGAACCGCCAGAGAAGAACGAGGGAGCCCAGGAGGAGGAACAAAAAGGAGAGAAGGAGGAGGAACAGAAAGGAAAGAAGGAGGAGGAACAAAAAGGAGAGAAGGAGGAGGAACAGAAAGGGGAGGAGGAGGAACAGAAAGGGGAGAAGGCUCUUAUCAGCUGGAGAGGGACCGUGAUCGAGGCCGAGCAGUCCACAGACCCCCCACCCUCAGUGCAGGAGAAGGAAGGAGCAGCUGGGCCAGCCAAGCCAGGGGAAGCAGCACCACUGGCCCCAGCAGCGUCGGUCUCUCCAGAGGACCGCGUGGAGGCUGUGCGGGAGGCCUUCAGGCACGCGUGGAAGGGCUACAAGGAGUUUGCCUGGGGCCACGACGAGCUGAAGCCCAUCAGCAAGACCUUUGGGGAGUGGUUCGGCCUGGGCCUCAGCAUCGUCGACGCCCUGGACACUAUGUGGAUACUGGGGCUCAAAGAAGAGUUUGAGGAGGCGAGGAUCUGGGUGAAAGAUGAGUUGUCAUUCGACAAAAACGUGGACGUGAAUCUCUUCGAGACCACCAUCCGUAUCCUGGGAGGUCUGCUCAGCACCUACCACCUGACCGGAGACGAGAUGUUCCUGGACAAGGCUAAAGACAUCGGUGCCAGGCUUAUGCCAGCCUUCAAAACCCCGUCUAAAAUCCCCUUCUCGGAUGUCAACAUUGGCAAAGGCACCGCCCGCCCACCCCGCUGGACCACCGACAGCACCGUUGCCGAGGUAACCAGCAUCCAGCUGGAGUUCCGCGAGCUCAGCCGUCUCACCAACGAUCCGCAGUACCAGGCGGCGGUGGACGAGGUCAUGAGCCGGGUGCACCGGCUGGAGGGCAAGCACGACGGCCUGGUGCCCAUGUUCAUCAACACCAACAGCGGCAAGUUCACCCACCGCGGCAUCUACACGCUGGGCGCUCGCGCCGACAGCUACUACGAGUACCUGCUCAAGCAGUGGCUGCAGGGAGGCAAGACCGAGACAGCCCUGUUGGAAGACUACCUUCAGGCGAUCGAGGGCGUGAGGAAGAACCUGCUGAAGAAGACUCAGCCCAGCCUGCUGACGUUUGUGGGGGAGCUGUCACACGGCCGCCUCAACCCCAAAAUGGACCACCUGGUGUGUUUCCUGCCGGGCACGCUGGCGCUGGGCGCCCACAACGGCCUGCCCGCCGAGCACAUGGAGCUGGCCCUGGAGCUGAUGGAGACGUGCCACCAGAUGUACGCCCAGAUGGAGACGGGCCUGAGCCCCGAGAUCGCCCACUUCAACCUGCAGCCCCGCAACGGGCGCGACGUGGACGUCAAGCCCGCGGACAGACACAAUCUCCUGCGGCCAGAGACGGUCGAGAGCCUCUUUUACCUGUACAGGUACACCCACGACUCCAAGUACAGGGACUGGGGCUGGGAGAUCCUGCAGAGCUUCAACAAGUACACCAGAGUGCCCACGGGGGGCUACAGCUCGAUCUCCAACGUCCGCGACCCGGUGAGCCCCGGGCCCAGGGACAAGAUGGAGAGCUUCUUCCUGGGCGAGACGCUCAAGUACCUCUUCCUGCUCUUCUCCGACGACGAGCAGCUCGUCAGCCUGGACAAGUACGUCUUCAACACGGAGGCACACCUGCUGCCCCUCUGGCCCGUAGCCUCCUGAGAGGACCGCAAACCGGGCAGCGCAACGGGAUCAGUCCUCCUCUUCCUCCUCCUCUUCUUCCUCCUCUUCCUCCUUCUCACCCCUAUGGGACACAGCUCAAGUUGACGGCGACUGUCCAGCUCCACUAGGACCCGCUUGGUGGAGGUUGACUACCAUCAGUGAGUGUGCCUUUUUGUUAGUUAGGUGAGGCGAAUGCUGCUGAGAAAAUGCAGCGAAGGGAUGAAAGUCCACGUGAGGGCAUUAUCUCUCUCUCUCUCUCUCUCUCUCUCUCUCUCUCUCUCUCUGAAUCUAUCUAUCUUUCUGUCUUCUUUUUUAUCCUUAGACUCUAGGAUUCUUGUUGAUGGAGGUCAGUGAAUAUUCCAGACUCGGAGCCUAUAGCUGUAAGAUACAGAUCAAACACUUUGAACCGAGAGCGGGAAAAAAAAGUCGUGCUCUGGAGCGAGAAACGGUCCUCUCUUUCAUUUCUCUGCGGUUUGCCAUGUCGGAGGAAUACCAAACACACAGCGUGCUUUAGUCUCAGGGUCUCUUCCAUGUUGGAAGACAGAACCCAGACUAUGGAUAAUCUGUCAACCUGAUAAGAAGCAUCCUUUGAGGACACUGGUCCCGUGAAACCAUUGCCGUUUUCACAGGCGUCGGUGAUGAUACCCCUAACAGAUAAAACAUCCGUUGAGUCAGUGACAGUGACCGUGGCUAGGGGUGGAAUGGUGUAUUCAUACACUGUGAUUAGGUGCCUGGCACUACCGUCAUUUGUAAUGUUUGUAUACAGUACAAUGUGUCUUAUCCGAGAGGAUGUCCAAGACCAUCAAAAAACACAUCCUUCUAAAUGACAUCAAAUCGGGUCCAGAGGAAGGACAAAUGUACAUUUAAGAAAAAUAAUGGAAUGUUUUUUUUUCUCAGAAAAUCAACAUGGCUUUUGUGUUUGAAGGGAAAAGCACAAAUAUAACUGUGCAAGGACAAAUGUUUCAUAUAAAUUAAUCACAGUUACUGUGUCUUCUAGGUGCGGAGCAUCCAGAUCGUUUCUAACACCAAUGUGUCCAUUUGAGUUAUAUCCUGGUUCGAGUGGGGCCAUGCUAAACAAACAUCUAUUUAUUUUGACAAAGUUUUAUUAUUUUUUAAUAUAUCAAAAUAUUGUACAGUGAAUGUCACUUGCAGUCUGUCCCUGCUGUUACGCUUGAGUGUCGUUUUUGUUUGUGUUUAUUUAUGACUUGCACUUUGUUGACAUUCAGCCGCUCUGCUGUACACAGAGAAACAUUGGAUCUGUGUUCUGUCAGAUAUAAUGCACGGUGGGCUCUGAAGCCCAAUGGAUUUAUGUCUCUACCACUCACAGGCGCAGAGAAAGUUUAGCAACAUGCACUUGUCUCAAGGCGUGCAGGUCAAAUUUGUUUUCGAUUCCAGUUAUUCAGCAAUUUGACUCCAUUUGGUUUGCUGAAGUGGAAAAAUACUCUCUGUGAAGAAGCCCUUUUUCUGCCUCAGCAGCUCCAAUUACAGACCAAAAUGUUCAAACCAGCCCACCUCUUAGCUACAGGAAAAGUGGAGAUUUAAAAUAGAAAGAAAUAAAAAACCACAUUGCACACACAAAAAAAAUACAAAGCGGUGGUUUAAAGAAUCACACCUUGUGGAUUUGCUGCCUUUUAAAGCUAAGGCAUUGUCUCAAAUGGUGCACUUCUUGUGUGUGUAUAUUUCUAGAGCCCUUCUUUGUGACGUUAGCCUCUCGUGUUAGGCUGGGUGUUGCAAAGGGACACAGCGUUGUCAUUGGUCAGGGGUUGGCACAGUGCAGCCUUAGUUCAUACCCACACACACACAGUGAUUUACCUGCCAAUGCCACUCGUCCUUAUGGUAAAUGAAAGUCCAUAACAUGUUACUUGAUGCUGUACAAAUGUAUGUACACAGUGUGAAUCUUGUUCAGAACACUUCCCACAGCCAUGUUGCCCUUUUGCACUUUUUAGGUAUUGAUUUUUUUUUGUUUAAAUGUAUUUAUUUAAUUUUUUUUUGCUUGAAUUCUUAACAGGAAACCGUUAUCUGGAAAUGUUUGUGAUGUAAAUAAUUCAUGGAGAGUCGUCGUGAAUAUAGUAGGAUUGAUCAAACACACACACACACACAGUCUUUUGUAUGCCUCCACUUGCCGGAGCUCUUAAUUUAGAUCAAUCUUGCCUGCUUGCUUCACCCACAGAUGUCCUCUAAAUAUGCUUUUUUUUCGCCCCCCACUGCAAGCAUAAGGCUUUGGCUUUAAAGUGCUGAAGUCAUGUGGUUUCACAGAGAUUUACUGCAUUGACAUGUCGAUCUUCUCAUAGACAACCACAGUUUCAGCUGAUUACUUUAUGCCUCUCAGCCGCUUUUGUUUUCCAAGUCCACCUUGAGGGUGAAACAAGUAUGCAAGCAGAGAACAAAGUGAACUUACAAAGAAAAAUAUUUAAUAAAAAAUGUCUUUAAUAAUUA